AUGCAGCUGCUGAACUGCUCCCACAAGCUAUGGAUGCUGGAGAAGAUGUUGAUGGAAAGCUUCCCCAGAUCCCUCAAGGUGUAUGGAGCGGUGAUGAUCAUCAACCGCGGAAAUCCUUUUCAGAAGGAAGUGGUGGUGGAUUCGUGGCCAGACUUUAGAGCGGUUGUCACCCGGCGUCAGAGACAGGCCAAGUCUGACAACUUAGACCAUUACACCAACGCCUAUGCGGUCUUCUACAAGGAUGCCAGGAUUUAUCAGGAUAUGUUAAGAGAUCCGAACGUCUUCAACUGGAAGCAAGUCUUUCAGAUACAAGGGCUCCAGGAUGAAUUAUAUGACAUCACCAAGGCGGUGGCCACCUCUAAGCAGUUUGAGACGCAACUGUUCUCUUUCAAAGCAGUUCAGUUUCCUGACUCAAAGCUCAUCCCAGACGUAUCACUUCGAACCAGCCCCGCCCCGCGCCUAUCUUCCCUGAGUCCGGCCGACGCCGACCUGCUCAACAGCACCUGGUCCCGGGGCGGGAAUGAUCGGUGCCUCAGGUACCUCGCCGAACUCGUCCGCCACUUCCCCAGCGUGUGCGUCCUGGGGGACAAUGGGAAGCCGGUCUCCUGGGCCCUCUCGGACCAGUUUUCCACGAUGUGUCACAGUUACACCCUUCCAGAGCAUCGCAAGAGGGGUUACAGCCGCCUCGUGUCCACCACGCUGGCCAGGAAGUUACAGAGUAGGGGCUUCCCCAUUCAGGGCAACGUCUUCGAAGACAACGCGCCAUCCAUCGCCCUCCUCAAGUCCUUGGACGCCAAGUUUUUGCCCUGCCGUUUUUACAGGAUCAUCCUCACCCCCCCCGGCUUUAUCUGUUACGGCCCGCCUGUAGUCUGGAUGGAGUUUUUCCGUGGCCUCACCCUCCUGUCAGACCCUAAAAGUCUGUCCCUCAGGACAGUGCUUAGUACAGUGCUUGGCACAAAAUUAGCACUGGGUAAAUACGAUCGAUAGAUAUAUUGUCCGUGCUCCCAACAAUGGAGCCCGAGAACAGUCAA